UCCCAGGUGCUGUGUGUUGCUGCCAAUGUUCUGUGGUUGCCAAGACACCAACCAACCACCAGAUUUUUGAAAAAACUCCCAAGAGAGUACAGGAAAUACAGACAAGUCGAGUUAACUGGAAGUGGUGCAUUUGGGCCCCAAAUCUGAGGAUGCUUAGCCCUGUGACAGCAUCGCAAUGGUGUUCAGCUACACCCAGCCAGGCUCCCCCUAUAGGGCCAUUUCCCAGAUAUAUCUGGGUCCACCAGCAUACCCCACAAGACAGCCUUGACAAGGCAUGUUAUGAAAUCUGGAAGCGAGUCCAGAGCUCACUAGAAGAUAUUAAUUCUGGAAAACUAAGUAAACCUCUAGCUUCCGAGAAAAUAAAGAAAAGAGAAGCAGCUGGCACCAAGAAAAGAGAUAUUGCAUCUAUGAAGAUGAAAAGAUCAGUAGAAAGGACGACUGACAAAUAUGACAUUUUUUGCCUGGUUGCGCAAGAGUACUGCUGCUUAUUGAUGGAAUCCACUGAAGGCAAAGAGUGCCAAAAAAAAGACUUCCUUGUUGAAGAUGCACAAAAAGAACAAGUGAAGGAGAAGCUUUGCGCAAAGAAAUGUGAUCAAAAAGAUACACAUCCAAGUGCUGGAAAGAUAUCAACAAGCAUGGCAUUGCUCAACCAUAUGGAAGUAUGUAGAGUGGAUAAAACAUCAAGACUCUCUGUGUCAAGUUCCAAAAAAGACAGACAGCUGGAAAAGAAAAAAGAUGAACCAGAGAAUAAGCCCAAACUAAUAGACCAUAAAGAGAAAGUUGACAGUAAGAUAAAUGCCAGAUUUGCAAUAAAAGCCACAACUCCAACUCCUAGACAGAACAAGCAACCUUAUACAGGACAUACUUACCCUUCACAAAUAUCAUAUUUUUCUUCAAUUAUAAGAAAUAAUAUGCUCUUAAACACCUUUCCAAGAGGUCAAAGUUUUGUACAAUAUCAGCAGAGUUCAUUUCACAAUCAGCAGAGAUUCUGGAUGCCGCCCUUCUCGCCAGUUCUUCAGGCACAUGUGGGAGGAUACAUCGGAAUGUUUAACCCUCAUCAGGUUGCCCAGACUCUGUUCUACUCCUCUUAUCCUUCGCUGUUCAGUUUCAAUCCAUAUUUUCAGCCUGAUUAUAUUCAUCAACAAAGGAACUUUCCAAAAGGCAAUACUAACAUGAAGUUCCCUCCUUUACUAGCUGGAGAUGGACUUCCUUAUCAGUUCCCUCAUCCACACAGGUUCAAUCCCCCGUUUCCAGGAGCAGGAAUGAGCAAUGCAUAUUUUACUUACAGCAGAAAAUAAAUUAUAUCACUUUGAUUGUUUAUCAGGUUAUAAAGCACAGGAAAUUUUGUUGGACAUGCAAGCUUAUCUCCUGUGGAAUUAUUCUUCAGAUUGCAAUAUCUCUGAUGUUUCUUCAGCAGCAGAAUUCAAUUCUUGGGACGGAGGUUUAUUAGCAAAACUUGCAUUGUUCUUGGCAUUUUGCAAGAAGUUAUAGUGAAUGUGACUGCUUAUGAAUGUUGUGGAUUAUUCUAAACCUGGCUAUCCUGUGCUUAAAUAAACAGUUAUACAAUGGAAA